UCGCAAACAAACUUCAACCCUUCCCUUCUGUAGAUUCCACUGUACAUUACGUAUACAUCAUAUAUAUCUAUAUAUAUGUAGAUAUAUAGAGGUGUGAUGUGAAGAAUUAUACACAUACACAAACACCGCCUUGCUCGCCGGAAUCCUCUUCGACAUCUCCGCCAUGGAAGUUCAAAGCAAGAGAAUUCGUGCCAGGAUUCAACGGAGUGAUGAAAUCGACGUUGUCGUUUUGGUGGAGAAAAUAAAGGAAAUCACCGGGUACGAAUUCCGGAACCCUAAUUUACUCCGGCAGGCUUUCACCGCUCAUUCCUACUUGGAAGACGACAAAAACGAGACGGAUUCGUACGAGCGGCUGGAGUACCUCGGGGAUUCCGUGAUCGGUUACUUCGUGGCCUUCCACCACUACUCCACGUAUCCGGAUUUGUCGGUGGGUAAACUCACGAAGCUCCGCUCCGCCAACGUCGACGGGGAGAAGCUCGCGCGAGCGGCGCUGAAGCAUGGCCUGCACCGCUUUCUCAACCACAACAAGCCUAUGCUUGAGGCGCAAAUUAAGCAAUUUGAGGAGGCGAUUGUUCAAUAUCCGAUUCAUUCGUUCGGUUUGGUGGAUACGCCCAAGGCUCUGGCCGACAUUGUUGAAUCCUUGGUUGGAGCGGUUCAUCUCGACAGCAAUUCGGUUGACCGAACUUUUCAGGUUAUCGACAAACUGUUGGAGCCAAUGGUAACGCCAUCAACUCUCUCUUCCAAUCCAGUGUCGAUGCUCUUCGAGUUAUGCCAGAAACACAAAUUGAGCAUCGAAGUUCUUUCGAGGUCGUGGCCCAAAACCGGAGUAUUCGAAUAUGUCGUGGGCGGCGACGUCAUCGGGAGAGCCGAAUACAGAAGCAAGAGGCUUGUCGCUAAAAGUAGAGCCGCAGCCGAUGCAUACGACAAGCUCGUGGCAAAACUCGAGGCGCAAAACAGGCAAGAACAAACCAAUAUCGACAAAACUCACUCCGAAGCAGCCCAAAGUGGCGACGAGGAGCAAAAUGGCGAGGAACCAACCUGCGCUAGCAAAGAAAUUACCUCGGGGGAGCCAAAUCGCGAAGAACAGAUCGAGAAUGAUAAGGAUGAUAAUAUUAAGUCGGAGGUGCAGAGCGGUGACGUGCAGACGAACAAUUCUAGCUAUUAUAGCGUACACAGUUCUGCACCAAGGACGAAGAAAGUUGCCGAUGUUGUGAAUAGAAUAUGGACUUGGUUGGUGUCGUAA